AUGUCUUUUCAAUCGAGUAUAAUUGGACUUUGUUCAUUAGCAGUUCUAAGUCUAAUCCCACCAUUAGCAUGGCACUCACAUACCAGAAAUAUACCUGCAAUAAUUUUAAUAACAUGGUUAUUGUUAAUGAAUAUAAUAUGUAUAGUGAAUGCAUCCAUAUGGAGUGGGACAGAUUUUGUAACGAGAUGGAAUGGUGAAGGGUGGUGUGACAUUGUCAUCAAAUUACAAGUUGGUGCCAAUGUUGGUAUCUCAUGCGCCAUUACAAAUAUUGUAUAUAAUUUACAUUCCAUCUUAAAGGCUGAUGUGGUAUUGCCUGAUUUAAAUUCAUGGACGAGAAUUUGGAAAGAUUUAUUGAUUAGUUUAGGGACACCUGUGGUGGUGAUGGGAUUAUCGUAUCUUCUACAAGUUUUCAGAUAUGGGAUUGCUAGAUAUAAUGGGUGUCAAAAUUUACUGUCACCUACGUGGAUGACUACUGUCUUAUAUACAAUGUGGAUGUUAAUUUGGUCUUUAAUUGCCACAGUUUACGCAUUGUUGGUUUUAGCAGUUUUCUUUAAGAAAAGGAAAGAUGUUAAAGAUAUUUUAUAUUGUACCAAUUCUGGAUUGAAUUUAACAAGAUUUGCAAGACUACUGAUUUUUUGUUUUAUUAUUGUUUUGGUUAUGUUCCCUUUUUCAUUAUAUUCAUUUGUUCAAGAUUUAGAGCAAGUUAGUGGACACUAUAGUUUUAAAGAUACACACUCUAGCACUCUUUGGAAUGUCAUAAUUAAAUUUGAUCCCGGUAAACCUGUUUAUAACAUUUGGUUAUACGUUUUAAUGUCAUAUUUGGUGUUCGUGAUUUUUGGUUUGGGGACUGACGCAUUAAAUAUGUAUGCCAGAUUCUUAAGAACAAUAAGGUUGGGUUUCAUAGUGGAUACCAUACAAGGAUUCAUAAAGAAGAAUAGAGAGAACCGUGUUGGUAAAUUAUUAGGUAAAAUGUCAAAGGGAACAGAAUUUCAAACUUUGAGUUCCUCGGAUGAAUAUGGUGGGAAAAAUUGCUUUAGUGACACAGAGGCUUUCCCAUCGGCUUCAAGUCCAACAUCAGAAGGUCAUUUCUAUGUUGAUUAUACUUUACCAGGAGAAAGAGAGAAGCAAAAUAAAAGAAAUAAGAAUAAAAAGAAAAAUAAGUAUAGUAAUGACAGUGCAUUCUUUGAUUUGGAAGAAAAUUUACAAGAUGAUGAUAAUAAUGUAGAAAUUGGUAGAAAUAAUUAUCUGCCCUUUUUAACAGGGAAGUAUGAUGAAGAUGAGGAUGAUUAUGAUGAUGCAUCUUUAUCUUUAGAUGGGUUUUCAAGAAUAUCGUAUGGCCGUAAAAACGACUUAGAUAACUUUCCUUCAUAUUCUCCAAGUUCAUUGACGGAGUAUAAUAGUUCUAAGCAACAUAGUACCAUAAUUAGUGGAGAAACUCUAGAUAUAAGGGAGUUUGAAGAAGACUAUGAGUACAACAAAAAGGACUCACCAUCCAAAUAA